AUGUCCUCCGAGCUGCCGGAAUUCUCGGAGGAAGGCUUGGUGGUUGCAGGCGUGCCCCUUGAAGUCUUCGAGGAGGGCCUCAAGGCGCGCCGCUCAGCAAGGAAGCUGCUGAAGGCCAAGGAGGUCGAUGUCGAAAGUUGCCAAGUGACCAGAGUGAUGUGCGAAGGAGCCUUCAAGUCGAUGCGCAACUCCUUCCUGGUGGAUUGUCGCGAGCAGACGCACCGGUGCAAUCGGCUGCGGGAUUUAAUGGACGAGUGCCAGACUGCCUGCGAGGCUGCAUUUGCGCGCUGCAGGACAAAGCCGCCUCCAGCCGCCGUUUGGCAGAAAGUCCAGGAGCUGCGGGGCCAGUGGUACAAUGCUGAAUUGCACGGAGUUUCAAGCUAUGGCAUACCAGAGCAAAGCGUCCUGUCAUUGCAGCGAGAGAUUUGGGGAGGAAGCUUUGACAGGCCCAUCGCCUACCGGGAGGUGCGGGCAGUGCAGGCCGGCGAGGGCAUCAUCGCCGCCCAGGUCAGUGUCGCCAUGCAGGUCUUUGCCUUGCUCGAUAGCUGCACAGCUAGUCAUCGGAACGUUCCCUCGCUUACUUUUCAGAUCGGCCAUUCUUUGCUCGUUCCUUCCCAAGCUCAAAGGGCCAUGCCCCGUGAUGACGUUCCAGCUCGCACCAUAUCCAUUGAUAGGACAACUGGCUUGGCAUACUGGUGCCAGCAGAACGACUGUUUCAAGCGGGCGGUCUUGUGGAAACAUUUUGAACGGGGGAGCCUUGUUUCUGCUGCUGCUGCCCUGGCUUUGUGGCGCACCUUUUGGGGCGGCCCAGAGGAGUGCUGCCGCGCAUGGAGCGCUUCGCCUUGUGCAGAACAAUUGUGCGAGGCGCAGGCCAUCCUCAGGGCCCUUCCAGUCGAGGCGCAGCUGCUGCCCAUCAGCGGCUACUUGCCUCAACCUCCACCGUGGCUUCCGCCUUCCUGGGCGGACUUUCUGCUGGGCUUAGAUUCGGCCUGCCUGGAGGAAGCAGAGAAUUUCGGCUUGGUGUCAGCGGUGGGCAGGUGGCAGGCCCCAGAAGCUCCAUCGGUGCCUCCAUCACUUCGGCGCGUGGCUGAAUCAUUGGGAAGACUCCGUGGCUCUCUCCCGCACUGGGGAGAUGGAAGUUCGCAGCCAUCCAUUUUGCCCGCAAAGUUCGGGCUAAAGAAGGGCAAGGUUGGCCAG